UGCGCAAAUAAAUAACAAUCCAUUAUGCAUAGCGCCGAACCAUUCGUAUAUUAUAUUAUACGCCUUGUUUGACUUCUAAAGUAUAAUCAAACAUUUUUAGUCGUUGCUCGUUGGUCGCCGUCACAAAUUAUAUUACCAUAACGUGACAGGGCAUUGACUGCAUUUGGCUUUUACUGCAUUGGCACAAACUACCAGCGACAAGCGCGGAUUACCGAUCAAUAGUACACUGCACACGGGUGUGUAUACUGUACAGUAUACGGCACAUUACUACACGAACUCGUUUUUAUACACUUUUGGCUUGUCCGGAUACGUUUUAGAUCAUGGCAUCCUGGUUAUUUGGAGUUUCUAAACUAACAGCUGAACAGAUUGUUGAUACAAAAGAUACACCACCGGUUCCAACAGCAGUUAAUCCAGAACCUGCGAAAACCUUACCUACAGAGCCUCAAUUACUUUAUAAUUUACAGCCACCUGAACCAAAAAUGUCUGAUUUAAAACCUACUAGUAUGCUGGACAAUAUUCCAUUUGUUUUAUCCAACCAAAUUAUUGUGAAUACUAACAACUAUAGUUAUAAUUUAGAAGCUACUAAAAGAAAUUUAUUGUCUUUAAAACAAAUGCUUGACUCAGAUGCAUUCAAUUAUGAUUUUUCAAAUGAUAAAAGACUGCAUUCCAAAUUAGUGAGCAACAUAAAUAACGACAAUGUCAAUCCUGUAUUGUUAGAUGAUGAUGACCAUCAUUGGUUUCAUUGUAUUUGUUUUAAAAUUUUUCAUUAAAUAUUAUCAAUAUUUAUAUAAUUGUAUGUACUAUCAUCAGCUUGAAAUGAAAAGACACUAAUAAUUAAAAUUAAAUUUUUAAGAAAUAAUAUUUAAAACUUUUACUUACAACUGUCCCAUGAUUUUAUCAUUGGCUUAUUAUACGUUUUCCUAUUUUAUUGGAUAAAAUGAAUAUGAUAAAAAUAAUAUUUAGUAGUUUUUAAUCAUAUUAAUUAUUGUUAAAAUACCAUGAUCAAAGUAAUAUUAUCGUAUGUUAGUUUUUCUAAUAAUGUUAUUUGUACAUACAUAGGUGUAUUAUAUUAAAUCACGCUAAUGGUAGUUUUCAAAAAUAUAGUAUUAUUAGUAAUAUAAUUAUUUGAUUCAAUUAGAGGAUGUAUGUACUAAUUAUAUUAUUAUUUUAAUAUAUUCAACCUAAUUAUGUACAAAUAUUAUUAUUCUUUAUUAUUAAUAAAAUAAAACUAAUAAAUGAUUAUUGUAUUCUAAAUACUAAAAUAAAAAUGUAUUUAAGCUAAUUAUCUAUUAAGGAUUGAUGUUCCACAUUUAUAGCUUUUCAUGAAUCGAUUAUAAUAUUUGUCAGUGUUGGGUAAAUAACUUUUGAAAAGUAAUAAAAUCACAUUAUUUGUUACAUUAAAAUAUGAUCUUUAACAAUAUUGCUAAUCAUUAUCUAAAAGUCUAAAACUUUUGGAUUUUUUGGUAAAUUUAAUUGAUUUUUAGUUUUUUUUUCGAAUAUUUUAUCACUAAGUUUUGAUGAUUUGUCAUUCAUAACUUAUUUUAAUAACAUCAAAAAUAAUGUGUUACACCAUAUAUUAUAUAAUCUACACUUAAAAUGUAAUUUUGUUACAGUAAUUUGUAAUUUGCAUCAUGUUACUACCCACAAGGCCAUAACUGGGGGUCCAGGGGUCCGUACCCCCCAAAUGUUCAAAAGUAGAAAUAUUUAAUGUAAAUUAUAUAGAUAAAAAUGACAAGUAUUUAGUUUCUAGAUAUUUAAAAAAUGUUGGACCCCCCCAAAUUUUUUUUCAGUUAUAGCCUUGACUACCAAACACUGGUAUUUGUAGUAUUAGUUAUCAAAUAUUCCAUAAUUAAUUUAUAACUUUUACAUUUAUCUUGUUAUAUGAAUAUAUUAUUAAUUAAACAUUAUAUUGUCAAAAGCCAA